GAUAGGUUUGAUCUUCUUGCAGUCCAUGGGACUCUCAAGAGUCUCCUCCAGCACCAUAAUUCAAAAGCAUCAAUUCUUCGACGAUCAGCCUUCUUUAUGGUCCAGCUCUCACUUCCAGACAUCACUACUGGGAAAACCAUAGCUUUAACUAUACGGACCUUUGUAGGCAAGGUGAUGUCUCUGCUUUUUAAGAUGCUGUCUAGGUUUGUCAUUGCUUUUCUCCGAAGAAGCAGGCAUCUUUUAAUUUCGUGACUGCUGUCACCAUCUGCAGUGAUCAAGGAGCCCAAGAAAGUAAAAUCUCUCACUGCCUCCAUUUCUUCCCCUUCUAUUUGCCAGGAGGUGAUGGGACCAGUGGCCAUGAUCUUGGUUUUUUUGAUGUUGAACUUCAGCAGACCAUAUUUUGCGCUCUCCUCUUUCACCCUCAUUAAAAGGUUCUUUAAUUCAGAUAGCUUUCCUCCUCUUUUCCUUAAAUAGAACUUAAUGCACCUUUACCAAGUGCAUAAUGACAAUAACCACACACACACCAAACAAAAAACAGGUGGAGGCGGAGGUUUCCCAGCCUGUACGUGCUUCACCUAAAUUUCGUAUUGUGCUGCUGCUGUUAAGGUACAAGCGCCCGUCCCAUUACGGUAGUAAGCCUGCUUUUGGCUAGUGCCUUGUGAUGGCUUUGUGGUGCCGGAUCUUAUAACAUUUCUUUUAAAAAAGAGAAGCAGCACCCCAGUGUCCCCUUCAACCAACCAACCAAAAAUAAAUAUUCCUGCAGAAAGAUGCAUAUUAUAAAAAGCAAACCAUAGCUACCGGUAUGUCUAUAAGAAGAAUAUACCAAGCUCCACAGUUGGGUAAUAACCUUUACAGUAUUAGGGUCAACCUCACAAAAAAGGGGACAAGCUUUAGAAUUUCCCAGAUAAUUUAUGGAGAACUUGAAAUCAUAGCCCGUUUCUGUGACUUUUUUGUUUUCCCUUAUUUUUUUAAAAAAGGUCUUUAAACUUUGCAACUUAAACUUGCAACUUCCUAACUGAAACUGAAACUGAGGGUUCCAGGUCUGAUAGGAGCUGAGGUGACCUUGGGCCAGUAUCUCAGUCCACCUUGCAAGGUUAUUGUUGGGAGUGGGUGGGGAGAACCAUACAGGCCAUUGUGACCUUGCAGGAGGUGGCAUAUAAAUGUAAAAAGUAAAAAAAUAAAAUAAAGGGCCGUCCUUCUUUGCAUGAUUUCCCUCCCUCUGCCCAGCUUCAUCUCGGACUCAUGAAAAUAUUGCAAGCAAGAGUGCUCCUGAGCACUUUUUCUUCGGUAACUGCAGCCAGUCCUGGCACAUCAAGAUUCAGGGAGGAGGGCUAAUCCCUAGGUGAGGAAGCCGGGCAAAUCGGAAGUCGCUUGAAGACACCCACAAUACGUUUCUUUUGGAAACCUGAGCACCAAGUUUACCCCGUGUCCAUUUCUAUUUAUUAAUUUUAUUAUUAUUAUUUUAAUUUGUUAACCACCCUUCGCUCUAAGGCCCUGGGCUGGGUUGCAGCCAUUUAAAAUACAGCGUUAAAAGCAACUUUAAAAUUACAAUCACAAAAAAUAAAAAGAAACAGUAGCAUCUUAUAAAAAGUACCAUUGCUGGGCUUUAUUGGAAAAGGUUCUGUUUUUCAGGCAUUAAAAUAGUUAGGUGUAGAAUGUGAUCCUAUGUGUGAUUAUUCAGAAGCAAGACCCCCUAUUAGUACUAAUGUCUUAUUAAAACACCUGAAGCUGCUAAAAGAAUGAAGAAUCUAGGACCACUUUAACAAAUUUAUUUAGGGGUCCACCUGGCAUCAUCAUAAAACAUCUUUUUGGUGCUAAGCUAAAACUUGAUGGAUUAUGAUUAGCUGGAUAAUGGCCUAUUUGAUGAAAUAUGCUGCAGGGAGGGGGUUCUGCUGGGUCUGUUUAUGGAUUAUUGAAAUGGUGUUACUGAAAUGUAUUGUUAUGGUCUGUUUCACAAGCCAAGGUGGGCUGGAAUGACAGUUAUUUGAAAUACUGUGCUGUGUAAAAUAAAAAGAAGAUGAUUCAUGCAGUAGUUGAGGAUCUCUGUGGCGUCACUGAGGGCACGCCAUUUUAGCAGGUGAGACAUAGCUUUUGCAAAUGUCCUCAGUGAGAAGUGGUCUUGAAAACAUGUUUUUGGGAGUGAGGAGUCCAAAUGCUCUUUUAUUUUUGUGAUUUAGAGAACAUUUCCCUUGGUAAACCUACAAUGGAAGAAGAAGCCCAUAAACUGCUUUCGGAAACUGAAUAAUUUCAAUUUUUAAUGUUUUCUAAGCAAUUUUACACUCAUUUUACAUACAAAACUAAAUUACGGUAUAUUAAUUCAACUGAAUUCCGCAGUCGUGUUGAAACUUUUAAGCACCCCUCAUUUUUGGAAUUUGGCAGGCAGAUUCAUGCAAGCCCUGAACACUUGCCAAGAGAGAAUAUGUGUUCCUCAUUCUGGUUUUAAAUUGUUUGUUUGAAAAUUAAAGGUGAUGCAAGAAAGGACUGAACUAAAGAAGUAUGAAGUUUCCCUGCCUUUCCUUCCGGCAACCUUAUGCUGGGUUGGUUUUAAAUGAAGUAAAAACAAUAGAGACCCGUUGGCGACCAUUGCUGGCCCAGUACGAGUCCUGUACCAUUGCUGUCCACAUUGCUUUUAAAGACUGGGACGACAAAGCCUGGAAAGACAUCCUCACAAACAGGCUUGGCAUGACAGUGACUCAAAUUGAAGAACUAUUGGAUGCAGGUGAAAGGUUUGGAAGAGGUGUUGUGGCAGGACUAAUUGACAUUGGGGAGACAUCACAGUGCCCAGAACUCUUGCCUUCUGAAGACAUUUUGUUACUAGAAAAUAAAGCUAUCCUCUCUGGCCUGGAGCAGAAAUACCUGACAGUUAUUUCAAACCCCAGAUGGUUGUUGGAACCUAUUCCUACACGAGGACGCAAAGAUGUAUGGCAGGUGGACAUCCCAGAGGAACUAAUUCCUUCUUUGGACUACUCCUGAAUAUUUUUUCUUUAUGGUCCCUUAACUCUACAUUUUCCAAGCUACUAAAAUGGAAUAAUUUUCUUCUACUGACCUUAAUAUAGACCACUAUUAUAAAGUGAGCAAGUGCCUGAUACCUUGGUGUGAUCACUCUUGCAACAAUGGAAUAGUUGGCGUCACCAGUAAAACUAUGCUUUGUUGAAGCUUCUUAGAUGUGGAUUAUUGUGAAUGACCCAUCUUAGGUCCAAGCUACAGGUGAAACUCGGAAAAUUAGAAUAUCGUUGAAAAGUGCAUUUAUUUCAGUAAUGCAACUUAAAAGGUGAAACCAAUAUAUGAGAUAAAUGCAUGACGUGCAAAGCAAGAUAUGUCAAGCCUUUAUUUGUUGUAAUUGUAAUUAUUUGUCGUUAGGCAGGUCAAUUAUAAAUGGAAUGUAAUUAAUGAAAUGUAAUAGCGAUGUUUAUUUUUGUAUUAUUGUAACUAUUUGUUUUAUUACUGUGGAAUUUCCAAAAGAAAGCAUUUGUAAAAACUAAAAUAAAAAUAAAAAAAAUAAAGUUGCAUUACUGAAAUAAAUGUACUUUUCAACAAUAUUCUAAUUUUCCGAGUUUCACCUGUAUCUGAAAGACCAUAUCCUCCCGCGCAAACCUGCCCAGAUGUUGAGAUCUUCAUGGGAGACGUUUCUCUUUGUUCUGCCACCUUCACAGACAUGCUUGGAGGGGAUGUGGUGGAGGGCCUUCUUGGUGGCUGCUCCCAGACUUUGGAACUCCCUUCCUAGAGAAGCUAGACUGGCUCCCUCCUUGCUGUCCUUCUGCCAACAGAUGGAAGACUUUUUUGUUCCAACAGGCUUUGGGAAACUGACUGCUUUUAAUGAAAGGGCUGGUGCCAUGCUGUUUUUACUGUAAUUAUUGGCAUGUUUCAAACAGGUAUUAAAUAUGUAUGUAGUUUUAAUUCUAUCAUUGUUUAAUUGUAUUUUAAUAAUUUUCGUGUUUUUAGUGGUUCUUGUUUUUAUCUGUAAACCAGCUUAAGUUCCAUCGGGGGGAAAGAGGGGUAUAAAUAAACACUAUUAUCAUCA